AUGGCAAUUACACUUCCGACUAGGGAGACGGUCGCCAUCGCUUUCGCAGGGCAAGAAAACAACGUACCGGCCGCUGAAGAGCGCGCCCAACUCCAAAGCCACGCCUUUCUCUACCUCGCGCCAACAACCAGCGCCUCGUACCCUCUCUCAAAGGCCUCACCAGCUGCAAAGGUAGUCUCAGCUGAGAGUAAGCCGGCUGUUACUGAGGAGGCGCUGGCACUUGCCACACCCGCUGUUCCGGUCGAGAAGACAAGGCGCUCCUCGUCGUUGAGCAGUGAUGGAAGCUUCAUGCAGAAGCGACGGUUCUUGAAAUUGGGUCCAGUUCAUUUCGGUGUCAGCGACGGAGACUGGAGCGAGGAGGUUGUGGAGUGA